AUGGCGUCGGAUGGGGGCGCGGCGGGGGAGGAUCCGCUGUGCGUGGAGCUCCCGGAGCGGCUGGCCAUCCUGCCGUUCCGCAACCGCGUGCUGCUUCCCAGCGCCAUCGUCCGAAUCACUUGCUCCGACCCCAGCAGCACUCAUGAGAGACUGGCCAUCCUGCCGUUCUGCAACCGCGUGCUGCUGCCAGGGGCCAUCGUCCGAAUCACGUGCUCCGACCCCAGCAGGUGGGUGGUGGAGAGUCGUCCUGAUGACUCUGUGGAGCGGCUGGCCAUCCUGCCGUUCCGCAACCGCGUGCUGCUGCCGGGGGCCAUCGUCCGAAUUGUUGGCCCAUCCGACCCCAGCAGCGUGCGGUUGGUGGAGCAGGAACUGUGGCAGAAGGACAAGCCCGCGCUGAUCGGAAUCGUGCCCGUUAUAGAGCCUCCUGGUUCCGCGGAUAGCACUGGUAGCGGUGCUUCUGCUAGUGGCAGUGCUGCUGCUAAUAACGGUGCUGCUAAUGCCGGUGACGGAAAUGCGGAAGGAGGAACCGGAGGAACAGGAGGGACUGGGGAGAAGGCAGGUGGAGGGGAAGGGGCGGCUACUAGUAACGGUGAUGCUAACAGCGGUGAGGGAAAGGCGGUAGUGCGCGUGUGGGGACCCGGCGGACCAGAGGAGGUGACGGGAGGGACGGCGAAGCUUCUGCUGGAAGACGUGAAGUGGCACCCCAGGUGGGCUGGGUUGGCACCUGCACUCGCUGCCCUCACAUCCCUCACAUCCCUCACAUCCCUCCCUCACAACCGAUCGGUAUGGUCUAUUGGUGCUGCUGCCCGACUGCGAGGCUGUUGCUGGAAGACGUGA